CUCUCGGACGCCGGUUCGGUCAGUGCGAUGCAAACUGUGUUAGCGUUCGCGUUACACGAUGACGACCGUCGUCAAACAUCAUCUACCUCCGUGGUCCGCCGUUUUUGCAGUGUCGAUCGUCGCGAUCUCGUUGGCGCCGGCGUCUCUGUGUUCGGUCUCCGUGUCCAGCAGCGGCAACGGGCUAUGGGACGAUCUGGUGGGCAAGUGCGACGGCCCCAGGAACACGAUGGACUGUGUGCGCAGCCGUCUGUACAAUUACGUCGAUCACACGUUCGAGUCCGACUUUAACAUCACCGACGGGCUGACGUUUACGAAGAACUCCAACGACUACGAAGCCAUGUGCCCCGGCAACAACGAAACCACGUCCUACCGGGAAGCCCGAGCCCCAGAAAUGGAAGACGAACCGGUGGUCGACGACGGCUGGGGUGACGUCACAGAAAAACUGUACAAAAAAGGUGCCAGAUACUUGGCAACUCAUGAUUUUGAAGCCACGGUACCAAGUUUUUUGGGCGGUGGACCAGGUGCUAAAGUUCGACUGUCGCCCAAAAAAAUUUUGCCCGAUGGCGGUAUAAUUCUGAGGAUGGACGUGUUGCCAGCUGAAAGAGACGCGAGAUCACCUAGAUUCAUGCACAAAAUGAUAAAGCAACUGUUCAAAAAGAAACUCAUGUCUAGCGGGAUGGCUUUGAUGUUGAUUAUCAAACUGAUCAAAAUCAAAGUGUUGUUCUUGUUACCGUUGUUGAUCGGAGCGGGCGCUGCCAAGAAGAUAUUACUGAAAGUUCUACUGUUCGUGUUCCCACCGUUGGCUCAUUUGUUCAAGCUCUGUUCGUACUACCAUCAUCACGCAUCCAAGUUUUAUCAUUUCCACCAUCACAAGGUGAAACACCACCAUCACCAUCUCAAAGUACCUGUAGCGGUGCCUGUGCCCCUCAAACCACCGCCAGGUUACCACAGCGAUUACUAUCCUGGUCCCACGUUGGACCAUCCACCGCCAUCCGGACCUUACGAUUCGCCAGAGCUUUUGAGCGGCAGUGACUAUUACAACCGUAACGGUUUAGACAUGAACAACGUGGUGUCUGAUCACGCGGACGAGCUCGCCAGUUGGGGUUUGGGCGAUUACGGGGAAGGCACAUCACAAUACGAUGCUCCCAAGUACACGUAUUCAUCGUCACCCGCUCAGUACGAACCUCCGCCCAAGUAUGGCGGCGGCGGCGAUAGCGGUGGAGGUCCUCCACCACCACCGUACGCCGAGAAAUACUCCAAUGGUGGAGGUCCUCCACCAUCGCCGUACGCCGAGAAGUACGUCAAGAGGGUGGACAAUACUCCCGGCCAGGGCAGACCACCGAACGCGCUGCAACAGGUGGCGACGCACGACCCAGUGUACACUCCGGUCGUACAGAAAUUGGACGAGAUAUUCCACGAACUGGCCGUGCGCGAAGAGCCAUGCAAAGAGAAAUUAGUGUGCAAGAUGUACGGCGAUCCCGGCAGGUUUAGUCCUCACAGCAAUCUGGUGUCCGCACAGCUGAGCAGCGAGACGGCUGCGAGUUCGGGCGGAAGAACGGCCGUCAGCGCGGACGCCGCGAGACUGUGGCGUUACGUACAAGCGGCCAAAGAAGGCCAAAACGGCGAAGACUGUCGCAUCCUCUAUCAGGCGUGCAACAUGAUCGGACUAUGAUGACGACUGACGAGUGACUCACCGCUAUUGAUUAAUCAAAAACAAAAAAAAAAAAAAACAA